UUCAGCUCUUGUGUCAGAGUCCUUCACAGCCGUUUCUCUCUCAUCCCAUCAAAGCCCUUCUUCCUCUCCCGUGUUUAAACUUUACCUUUUAGAAAGCGCCCAUUCCAACUCAUACAGAAUGACUUUAUGAGCGGUAGUUUCCCCCCUGAACUUUCGGAAGGAUACGCUGUUAUUUGGACCGGUUUCCGGACACAGAGCGACCCUUUUUUUUUUAUUUUUCUUGCGCUCUCGACCGGGAUGGAUAACCCGCGUCCUGCGGGUCUGUCCUGCUGUUUCUCCGGGACAAACUAAACCAAGCCGUGCGGAGACGCGGGUUGUGGGGCUUAUAAGACAACAGAAGAAAAACUGAAUCCCCAAUUCGACGAAAUGACAUGGAGACAAGAUAAUUAGGAUUCAACACCAAGACGACAUGCUAACGGAUGCAGACAUGAGGCGUCUAGAGGAUGACAGGAACUUCCAGACCUGCUGACUCUCUUCAGGGAAGAAGCUUCACAAGCGUCAACGUCAGAGAUUAAAUCCUCAGAAGCUCCUGAACGUCUUCAUAUACGACUGACGGAAAACACAGAAGAGUCUGGAACCGCACUUAGAAUAUCCUGAAGGCGCAGAAAGCACACAUCUUCGCCGCAGAUGUGUGGAGUGACAGAUGACAUGGGGAUUAAUACAUCAGGUGAGGGAGCAAGCCAGGGACGCUGCGUCGCCAAGAGUCACUUCUGCCGGUAACAGAAAUGAGCGGAAAAGGCCCAGCACAUCGAUCAGCGGGAGAGAAGAACUCAGACUGAUCAUCAACGCUGAUCUGACAGAUGGUGGAAACCCACUUGGGAAAAAAAACAACAACAAAAAAACACCUUGAGAAGUGAGGUUUACAGCUGAAAGCAAGAGAUUCAAAGAGCUGUACCUUUUGGCAAACAAACCACCUCUGAUUGGGUGGGUGCAGAAGGCUGUGGGCAGCCAGCCAUGGGUAUGAGUGAUCCAAUUUCCAGCUCGCAAUUAGAAACACUUAAGGUCUGUGUUCUAGUAGGCGGGAGAUGUGGCUCAAUACCAAUAAACAACUUGGGACAGCAUGACUCGCCGUCUAAGUUGAGGUCCCUUUGCCAGUGGUAUCUUGGCAGGAAAUGGGAGGUUUAAACCUCAAACAACAACUUGAAACUGUUUGCAACAAGCAACACUUUUGUUUCCCCUCCGAUAUAGUAUGAUAGAAAAUCUAAUCCCUCCCAAACUUCUCCCUCUAUUUUCCUGUCCGUCAAGUUUCUCCUUCCCUCGGAUGUUGUGCCGACCCAUAAUUAAGCUCAUGUUUGAAAACCCAACUCAACGCUUUGUGCGUUGCUAGCAAGCAAAAGGAUUCCAACACCUUUCAGUCUUUGAAACAGUGACUACUCUUGUGAGGAAUGGGUGGCCCAGCAAGGGCUCUCCUCGGUGGGUUUGGCACAACCACCUCCUCCCUGGAGGUUGGGAGUCAGAUAGGUUGGCCGAGCAACAACCCACUGGACUUCAAUCAAACCCUGGCGUGGGGAAUGGGAGGAGGCGCGAGUGCGGCAGCCAUGAGUCUGGGUUUGGGUUUGGACAAUUCGACCACCCAGGAGUCGGUCACCAAGUCUGUGAUCAAAGAGAAGAACUGGCCGGCGCUGCUGAUCCUGGUAAUCAUCGCACUGACGGUCGGGGGCAACAUCCUGGUGAUUCUGGCGGUGUCCCUGGAGAAGAAGUUGCAAAACGCCACCAACUUCUUUCUGAGGUCGCUGGCUGUGGCGGACAUGCUCGUAGGCAUCCUGGUCAUGCCCAUUUCCCUCAUCAACAUCCUCUACGACUAUGCCUGGCCUCUACCCAGCGCCCUUUGCCCAAUCUGGAUCUACCUGGACGUGCUGUUCUCCACCGCCUCCAUCAUGCACCUGUGCGCCAUCUCCCUGGACCGAUACGUCGCCAUCCGCAACCCCAUUGAGCACAGCCGCUUCAACUCCAGAACCAAAGCCAUGAUGAAGAUCGCUGCUGUCUGGACCAUUUCUAUAGGCGUGUCGAUGCCCAUCCCGGUGAUCGGUCUCCACAACGAGGACAAGGUUUUUGUCAAUGGCAGCUGUGUCCUCAACGAAGAGCGCUUCAUGCUGAUUGGUUCUUUUGUGGCCUUCUUCAUCCCGCUUGUCAUCAUGGUGGUGACUUACUGCCUCACCAUACAGGUUCUCCAGAGGCAGGCCACGGUCUUCCUGUAUGAAGCCAAGUCUUCUUCCCAGCAGCCUUUGAGCGCACCAGCAAUCACACUGCAGCCUCCACCGAGCCCCUUCCACCUUCCACAAAUCAACACUCUUUCCCCUCCAAACUCGCAAGAACUGAAGCCGCCGCCCCUCCAGGGCAGACGGAACACGCUGAGCUGCCUGAAGGGCCCGGAGCCCAGCAUUCUGCUCAGCGCCUCCACCUCGGACAGCCUCAGCAUCAUUCCCAGCUCCGAGGCCGCAUCGCAGCUCAGCUCUCCGGCCGCCGGGCCAGGCCGGAGCGAUGCCUCGGGUUGCCAUGGGAGACGAGGGAUGAUGCAGGCCAUAAAGAACGAGAGGCGGGCCUCCAAGGUCCUGGGAAUUGUCUUCUUCCUCUUCCUUGUCAUGUGGUGUCCGUUCUUCAUCACCAACGUCACCUUUGUCCUGUGCCACGACUCUUGCAACGAGUCGCUGCUCCACGAUCUCCUGAACGUCUUUGUCUGGGUGGGUUACAUCUCCUCCGGGGUCAACCCUCUGGUCUACACCCUCUUCAACAAGACCUACAGGAGAGCUUUCUCCAACUACAUCAGGUGCCAGUACAAAGCCGGGGCUAACGCGGCGGGACAGGGUGGCAAAACCCUCCUCACGCCCCAGCAGUGCCCGUCGCACGCCGUCACCCCUCUGUUGAUGGGCGGCCACGACAAAGCAGGGGUGGACCGCAACAGUAACUGUCGCAACGGCAGCAGGGGAGACAACGGGAGGCUGACGGUAGACCCGGAGGACACGACAGACGACGGGACGCAAAUCGGAUUAGUGUCGCAGAGCCUGUCGGAAUGCCACAACGCCGGCACGCUUUCAGAAACGGAGCCAGAAACGGAGAUUGAGCAGGAGCUGUCGCUCAUCAGCUACCCUCCCCCCAGAGAACACACAAGCAGCGUGUGACUGCAUGCUCGCCCCCCUUUUGCUCCGACUCCAACCUCCUCACCCGGGGGCUGUUACGUGGAGAGCUGCUGAAGUGCACCAGCUCUAUCCGGACGUCACAGAAGCAGAGGGCGGAAAGGCGUCGAAGAGAAAAAUAACCCUCAACAUUCCAAACACGUUUGCCGUCAGCUUCGCCAAAACGUUCGGUCUCAUACCGUGAAGCUCAGGUUUUGACCUGUGGGGUUGAUGUGUUCAUCAACCAAACCUUGUGUUGCAUUUCAUGGAGACUGAGGUAUCGAGCGAGGCAAGGGACAAAGUGAAGUGGGACUCGCUGUUAACCUGGUAUGAAGUCAGGCGGCCCCUCCUGGAGUCCCACUGAUGCGGGUUACAGAGCCAAGCGGGCCCCCCACGGAGUCCAACUGUGACUUGGAGCCCUCGCAGAGAGCGAAGACACGGUCCGAGCAAACUCAACCAAAUACACAUCUGAAACAGUCAAGCUUGACUGGCUGAACCUUUUCACACUGCUCAGCUGACGGAGUCUACAGAGGAGACUCUUCAUAACGGCUGCAGUGAAAGUUUUCCCUGAGAGAACAGAGAUGAAGGAAUGUACAAUCACCUCUACGCUCCGGUGGACUCGCAGUGCCAUCUAGUGGUCAUGGAAAUAUCUUCGAUUGACCAAAGUAGAUAAAAGAGCUAAAAGUAAAAGGGAAAGAUGAGGGGGGGAAUAAAAAAAAGGCAGAGUCCUUUCACCUUUACUGCUUCUGUCGUCAAAUACAACCACCUUGGAGACUCACAGCUUCCAAAAUGUUUUUACUGAAAUCCACCAAUAAAGUUUAAACUAAAAGAGGGGGGGGGGAUGUUUUUGAUAGAGUGCACAACUAUUUUACAGAUUGUCUUUAAUAGGAACAAAGCAUAUGAAUUUUUUUACACUAGCCAUUCGAAAUAGUCAUGGUUUUUAUCAGCUAGUCUUAAAUGUGGAGGUUUAUAUGCCCAUGUUGCCAUCUCUUCCUUUGUUUUCUACUCUAGAAGAAAAGCAUGGCAGUCCGCAACUUUACUUAGUGUUCAGCUGUAGUACAAGCAAGAGCUGAAAAAAGAACAUUUUCUGUCUGCUUACACCAUGAAACGGAUCUAUUUGUGACCUGAUCAGUUUCUUCAUCUCUGUUAGGAUGUGGGCCACUGAAAAACAACAAAAUACAGAGACAAUAUUCAAACCAACAUCAAAAACCUGAUACUUUCAAAAGUAUUCACACCCCUUGAAGUGUUUUAGGUUUUUUAAUCUUUACAAACAAAAAGUUUAGUGUAUUUAAAGGGGCAGUAUUAUGUAUUUUCCAGGCAUAAAGUGCUAUUCUGUAGCACAAAUAACUGAUAUAAAAAUACUAUAUAUAUUUAAUAUAACUUUAAAGAAAUUUGACUUAGUAAUUUAACACCUUGAAAUUGGACUUCCGUCUC